AUGGAUGGUCUACCAUCGAAAUUUCAUAUGGAAAAUAAUCAUAUUUUUCCCAAGUUUACUUUUGCGGAACUUGCGAAAGAGAAUAUUACUAGUUAUGAAUUAUAUCUUUGGUCAGCACCAAUUGACGUGGCAGAGCGUUAUCAACUCUAUCUAAAUCAAAUGUCAAUAUCAAAUAAUCAAUCUUUGGAAAGAGAAAUUUUCUAUAAUUGUACAUUGCCAAGAUUUGGUUCGUUAUGUCAAUAUGAAAUUAACUAUGUUCAUAAAAACUAUUCAUCUCUAUAUGAUAUGAUUAAUGAUUACUAUGAAGAGCGAAACUUCAGUCCUGAUGUAAAUUGUUAUACUCAUUUACAAUGUAAUCGUGGUCCAUCACCAGCUUGUUUGCAUUGGACAGAGAUUUGUGAUGGUCAAGUUGAUUGCAUCGAUGAUAAAGUGGAUGAAAAAGAUUGUUGGAAAAUUGAAAUUCAUGUAUGUCAAGAUGAUGAAUUUCAAUGUUCGAAUGGACAAUGUAUACCUAUGGCUUUUUAUCGUGAUGAUGAUACUACUACUGAUGAUUGUGCUGACUUGACAGAUGAACAUCUAACAUAUCAUUGUAUCAACUCUUCAAAAUGUAUCUCAAUGAAUCGUCUGAUGGAUACUGAAGUGGACUGUCCAAAAGGAGAUGACGAAAAUCUAACGCAUAUUAUGGAUGCUGGCUGGACAGAUGUUUUAAAAAAACUUUAUAAUUGCGAGACGAUUAACAAAUAUAUUCAUCAAUCGUUUGUUAAAAAUAAAAUCUGUGAUUGUGAAGACACGGAUUACGGUUUCUGUGAAGACGAAGAUGAAAAUAUUGCUUUAGCUAGAACGAAGCUUUUAUUUCAACACGUUUGUGAUGGAUUAACUCAACUGAUUCCAAUAAAUAAUGACAAACAAAAUGAAACAGAUGAAACAGAAUGUGAACAAUGGUCAUGUAAUAACAUUUAUACUCAUUGUGAUGGCAUUUGGGAUUGUCCGAAGGGUGAGGAUGAAAUCGGUUGUUAUUCGUUUACAACAUUGAAUUGUUCAUCAAAUCAACAUUUAUGUGUGUUGCCUGAUACAAAUCAAUUUACAUGUAUACCACUUGAAAAAAUAAAUGAUAACAACAUCGAUUGUCUUGGCGCUACUGAUGAACGAACACUGUGCCGAGAUGACGACUAUAAAUACGAAAAAGAAAUUUUCUUAUGUAAAAACUCAAGUUCGCAAAGAUGCAUAAAACUUGCUGAUUUAUGCAACGGUAAAUUCGACUGUGAAUAUGGUGAUGAUGAACAAUUUUGUAUGAAAAGUUACAUCCAUGGACUGUCCUCCUCAUAUGGCAAAGUUUCUUAUUCUGACGUUGAGCAGUUUUUCCGUAAAGAAUUAGAAGAAAAAAGCAAAUCAUUUAUUAAACACUUUUCAUUAGAUGGAUUGAUCGAACUCAAUACGGAUAAUCAAACAACUAGUAUUAGACCAUCACGAAUUAUUCUGCAUCCACAGCAAUAUGAACUUAUGAUGGACAGAAAGAAUCCAUGUUACCGAGGUAUUCAAUUACGCGUUUGGCUCAAUGAGCAAAAUAAUUCAACAACAAAUACAUGUCUUUGUCCGCCUAGUUAUUAUGGUGAUCAUUGUCAAAAUCAAAAUCAACGUGUCAGUUUAACUAUGGCAUUUCGAGUAAUGUCUGAUUCUCGAUCAACAUUAUUUGCAAUUAUAAUCUCACUGAUCGAUGAUAGUGAACAAAGAAUUAUUCAUUCAUACGAACAAUUGAGUUAUUUAUCGGUUAGAGAUUGUAAAGCUAAAUUUAAUGUCUAUUUAGUGUAUUCAAAUCGACCAAAAUCUCAAACAAGAAAUUAUUCAAUACAUGUUGACAUUUAUGAAAAAAUUUUGCUAAAUUAUCGAGCAAGUUUCUUAUAUCCAAUCGAAUUUCCAUUUUUACCAGUUCAUCGUCUAGCAUUUAUUGUUACUAUUCCAAGUUUAAAAGACUUUAUUGAAAGUUGUUCAAAUUCAAAAUGCAUUCAUGGCAAAUGUGUUAUGUAUUCGAAUAGUCGAGAUCAUUCUACAUAUUGUCAAUGUAAUGCAGGAUGGUCUGGCCAAUAUUGUACUAUUCCAUAUAAUUGCAACUGUUCAUCUGACUCAAAAUGCAUCGGCUUAUCUUCUCACAAUCGAUCUAUAUGCGUCUGCCCAAUGAAUAGAUUUGGCUAUCGAUGUCUUCUUACUAAUCCUAUCUGCCAAAGAAAUAAUCAUUCGAUGUGUUUGAAUGGUGGUACAUGUAUCCCUGCUGAUGAAUAUGCAUUGCCACAUAAAAAAUUUUACUGUAUUUGUCCAAUAGGUUAUAUUGGUGAACGAUGUGAAAUUGCCGAAAAGAAAAUUCAUAUUUUAUUUGAAAAGAAUAUUAUUAUAUCUCAAGUAAUAUUUAUUCAUUUCUUAGAAAUUAUUAAAGAGAUGAACCCAAGAAGAUCAACUAUUUUAAAAACGGUGCCUAUUCAACAAGAUUCCUUAACAAUUUAUUGGCCUUUGCCAUUUCAUCUGAUUUUUAUUGAAUUUAAAAAUAAAAAUUAUUAUUUAGCUGCUAUUGAACGAACAUACAAACAAUCGGCGACAUAUUCCACAACGGUAAAAUCAUCUGAUCAUUGUCCAAAUAUUAAUCAAUUAUUUAAUAAAACAUUUGUUCAAAUGCAUAUUAUUCGUCGUAUUAAAUAUUAUCAUCUACCAUGUCAACAACAUUCAUUAAAUCUUUCUUGCUUUUAUGAUGAUUUUUAUCUUUGUUUCUGUUAUAAUUUUAAAAACCAACGUCUAGCAAACUGUUUUGAAUUUAAUUAUAAUAUGACAUUUGAUUGUUUUAGCGAAAGUGUUUGUGAAAAUGGAGGGCAAUGUUUUCAAGACAGUCCUAUUUGUCCACAACGAUCAAGUUGCAUUUGUCAACCAUGUUUUUAUGGAAUAAGAUGUCAAUUUAGUUCAGAUAAAUUUGGUUUCUCACUUGAUGGAAUUUUAGGUUAUUAUAUUCAACCAAAUAUUGAUGUUGUACAUCAAUCAUCUAUGGUCAAAAUUAGUUUGGCAUUAACUAUUGUUUUUAUAAUAAUUGGUUAUAUUAAUGGAAUAUUAUCUUUCAUUGCAUUCAAUAAUAAAACAAUAUGUGAAGUUGGCUGUGGUCUUUAUUUAUUGACUUCAUCAAUAACAACUUUACUCACAACUACAAUGUUCGGACUAAAAUUUUGGAUACUUCUUCUUGCACAAAUGAAAAUUAUUACAAAUCGUUUAUUUUUGCAUAUUCAAUGUUUGUCUAUUGAUUUUCUCUUACGAGUUUUUCUCAAUAUGGAUCAAUGGUUAAAUGCUUGUAUUGCUGUUGAACGAACAGUUGUAAUCAUAAACGCGAUUGGCUUUAAAAAAAAGAGAAGUAAAAAAAUAGCUAAACUAGUUAUCAUUAUUCUUUCAAUCUUCAUUAUUUCGACUUGUAUUUAUGAUCCAUUUUAUCGACGUUUAAUGGAUGAUGCAAUCGAUGAUGAUAGCAGAAUUUGGUGUGUUACUUUUUAUUCAUCUAAUUUACAAAUGUUCAAUACGUUUAUACAUGCAUUUCACUUCUGUGCUCCGUUUGCUAUUAAUCUUGUCUCGACUGUGAUUCUCAUCUUAAAAACAUCUCGUCAACAAGCAAAGUUUCGAAAUAAUACAAAAUACAUAGUGAUUUUUAUAGAACAAAUUCAAGUACAUAAGCAUAUAUUGGUUGCUCCGUUUGUAAUAGUUAUACUUGGAAUACCACGUUUAGUCAUUACAUUUGCAUCAAAAUGUAUGAAUUCAAAUAAUGAUGCAACAUUAUAUCUUAUUGGAUAUUUUGUUUCAUUCAUUCCACCUAUGCUUACAUUCAUUAUCUUUGUAAUGCCAUCGAAGUUUUAUAAAGAACAACUUGGUAAAGUUUGGGCUAAUAUCAAAAUUAAAAUAAACCGAAAUUUUACUUCUCUUUAA